ACAGUCGAAAAUAUCUUCAGACCUUGCCAUAUGUUCCCUAGGGGACAAAAUCGUCCCCGAUUGAAAAGCACUGAAUUGGAGGAAGGCCGACCUGCCUCGUGUCCCAGAGGUUGGGAGAACCACCCUCCCGUGUCUUGCUCUCUGGCUUGUCUGAGCACACUUAAUAGUCAAGCUAGGGAGCUUCGGAAGGCGGGGCUUGUGCAGACGAGCGGCAGAUUUGGCUGGGAGGCGGGCGGCUUUAUGCAGAUGAGGGGGUGGUGCCUGCAUGUUGAUUAGUUGGGUCGGCUGCCGACGCGGCUGGGAGCCUAGCGGGUCCCGCUGCGGUUCGGGCUGAGGUGGCAUCUCUCUUCCUACCCCCUAGUCCCUAGGUCCCUACCCCCCACUCACCCAGGAUCGCCCUCGACCUUUACCCUCAUACAUUUCCCCCUCCUCCUCCCGGCGCCAGUUCCCCCGUAUCCGAAUAUCUCCGCUCGUUGCGCCCCCCGCGUUUCUCCCCUCCCGCGGCAAAGCCCGCGACCUCCAGCAGCCCGCCCCCGCGGGCCGGAUCAGCCUGGAGGCUCCCGCCGCAGCCGCCUCAGCCCUCCCGCUCUCCCGGGGGUCGCGCCACUACACCCCCGGGUGUCUGCCCUCAGGCUUUCCUGUUCACUUCUCCCGCCCCUUCGGAGCCCCCUCCCCGGCCCUGGCCAGCCGGCAUGCAGGUGUCUAUUGCGUGUACCGAGCAGAACCUUCGCAGCCGCAGCAGUGAGGACCGUCUGUGUGGACCCCGGCCGGGCCCCGGGGGCGGUAAUGGCGGGCCAGUCGGCGGGGGGCAUGGGAAUCCUCCCGGGGGAGGAGGGUCGGGCCCCAAGGCCCGGGCCGCACUGGUACCCCGACCCCCAGCACCCGCUGGGGCCCUCCGAGAGAGCACCGGCAGAGGCACUGGCAUGAAAUACAGGAACCUAGGGAAGUCUGGUCUUCGGGUAUCCUGUCUUGGCCUAGGUACCUGGGUCACAUUUGGUUCUCAGAUCUCAGAUGAGACAGCAGAGGAUGUGCUGACAGUAGCCUAUGAGCAUGGUGUAAACCUGUUUGACACCACCGAAGUGUACGCAGCAGGAAAGGCUGAAAGAACCCUAGGCAACAUCCUCAAGAGCAAAGGUUGGAGGAGAUCAAGCUAUGUCAUCACCACCAAGAUUUUUUGGGGAGGACAGGCAGAAACUGAGCGAGGCUUGAGCCGCAAACACAUCAUUGAGGGCUUGCGAGGAUCCCUGGAACGCCUCCAGCUGGGAUAUGUGGACAUCGUCUUUGCCAAUCGCUCAGACCCCAACAGUCCCAUGGAGGAGAUUGUGCGAGCCAUGACCUACGUCAUCAACCAGGGCAUGGCCCUAUACUGGGGGACAUCCCGAUGGGGGGCUGCAGAAAUCAUGGAGGCCUACUCCAUGGCCAGACAGUUCAAUCUGAUUCCUCCAGUGUGUGAACAAGCUGAGCACCAUCUGUUUCAGAGAGAGAAGGUGGAGAUGCAGCUGCCAGAGCUCUACCACAAGAUUGGUGUUGGCUCAGUCACCUGGUCCCCUCUGGCCUGUGGCCUUAUCACCAGCAAGUAUGAUGGACAAGCCCCAGAUACCUGCAGGGCCACCAUCAAAGGCUACCAGUGGCUCAAAGACAAAGUGCACAGUGAGGAUGGCAAGAAGCAACAAGCCAAAGUCAUGGACCUUCUCCCCAUCGCCCACCAGCUGGGCUGCACUGUGGCACAGCUUGCUAUUGCGUGGUGUCUCCACAGUGAGGGUGUCAGCUCCGUCUUGCUGGGGGUAUCCAGUGCAGAGCAGCUGAUAGAACACCUGGGCGCCCUACAGGUGCUGAGCCAGCUGACGCCGCAGACAGUGAUGGAGAUAGACGGGCUCCUGGGCAACAAACUGCAUUCCAAGAAGUAGCCCGUCGGGGGCGCAGGGACCCGAAC